CAGUGCCGCUUUCACUUACAUCACUAGCUGGGAAAUCUCCACUGUCUUCACUUCGCUGCCUUACUCCAUUAAAGAUGACAGCUGUCCUGCUACUCAACAUAGCUUGCCUUCUUACUUUCUGCCUGCCUUUGGCGGAACUAUGUAAGUUGGCCAUCCACCCUAAGGCCCCGAUUGUUGAAUUUGGGGGCUCUGUGAAACUCAACUGCACAUCUACCUGCACCAACUACACUAAAAUGGACUGGGAGGUGUCUUUUGAACGAGAUGUCCAGGAAGGAGAAGGGUGGAUUUCUCUGAACAUCAAGAAUGUGACAGAAUGGACCACUCAACCGUUGUGUGUGGCCAAAUUCAAGGGAUCGGGCUCCAUCCACACUAGGGCAGUAAUCUAUGUUUAUCAAUUCUCAAACCCAGAUAUCUACCUGGCUUCUGAGAUUGAGAGCGGUCACUCGGACAAAAUAAUCUGCAACAUUUCUAGCCUGCGGGUGAGAGAUCAAAUCUUGCCUAACGUUAACAUCUCCCUCAGCAGAGGCGCAAUUCUCCUAAACAGCAGCCAUGGUGAACCUUCAUUGGAGUACAGUUUUGUGCCCAAUCUUAUUCGGGAUGAUAAGACUGAGAUCAUUUGUAUGGCCCAGGUCGAGGUGGGCUCAGAAGUGUUGAAUAAGAGUGCAACAAGGACCUUGAAUGUUGUGGCAAGCCCUUACAAUGUCAGUGUGUUGGCAAAUCCCAUGAUGUACAAAGCUGAUGCCAAGAUUGUGGUGAAGUGUGAGGCUGAAGGAAAACCCUUCCCAGAGUUUUCGUGGGAUCUUCCCUCCAACAGCAGUGUGGAGUACUCUAACAACAUCCAGAUUUUGACAAUCCAUCCAGCUCAAAGCUUCCAUAAUGGGACUUAUCGAUGUCUAGCACGUAAUAUUUAUGGCACGAAGUCAGCACAAAUUGACAUCCUCUUUCAAGAGAGGUCUCGCAGUUGGAUCGCAGCUGUGGUGGUCGUGGCAUUGUUAGCUGUCGUCUUCACUGGAGGCAUUUUCUGGUAUCACUGCCGGAAGUGAGAAGGUCAACAUGGAAACCAGCAGGCCUGAGGCUCCUUUCUGAUGAAGGAGCAAGGGGUUGGUUGCUACAGGUUGCUUUUCUUGACUGGUCAGAACUGAAGCAAUGGGAGAAAGGGAAAGUUUGCUUUGGUGCAGAAAAGGAGCAACAACCCUCGAGGACCUUCUCUCCAUUUGUCUGUGCUAAAGGAAAGAACAUGCUCUCAUGGAUGCCUUUAUAACUGCUUUGGUGUGCCCCAAGCCAAAGCAAGAAGUCUGACAAGCAUGACCAA